AUGACCUGCACAGAGUUUGACUUCCCCUGUUUUUCUUGGAAAGCAAUGUUGGAGAGCGCGGCCCCCGGCCCCGCGGCUCCCGGGUCGCGUUCCAAAGAGCGAACGCCGGGGGAUGGCCGGGCCGGGGCGGGUGAGGGGCGCUCGGGGGCCGUUGCUGGCCCCGGGCCGAGCGCUGACAGCCGCGUCCCGCCCGCAGGGAAGGCGCAGGAGUCCCUGCAGGAGCGGUACCGGCUGGGCUCACUGCUGGGGCGUGGAGGAUUCGGCAGCGUUUUCGCAGCAACGCGGCUCUCGGAUGGCGCCCCGGUGGCCAUCAAAAGGGUGCCUCGGAACCGCAUCUGGUAUUGGAGCGAGCUGCCCGACGGCACCAGCGCUCCCCUGGAGGUUGUGCUGCAGGACAAGGUGUCCACAGGCUUUCCCGGUGUCGUCCAGCUGCUGGAGUGGCUUGAGCUCCCCAGCGACAUUGUGAUGGACCUGGGCUCCAUCUGCACCACUGUCCCCAAAGCCAUGCACAAUUCCCUCUGGCACACCAGGAACAUCUCCUACACAGGAUGUGUUGCUCAGCUCUUUUUCUUUCUGUUCUUCAUCUCAGCAGAGCUUUCCCUCCUGACCAUCAUGUGCUACGACCGCUACGUGUCCAUCUGCAAACCCCUGCACUACGGGACCCUCCUGGGCAGCAGAGCUUGUGCCCACAUGGCAGCAGCUGCCUGGGCCAGUGCCUUUCUCUAUUCACUGCUGCACACAGCCAAUACAUUUUCCCUGCCCCUGUGCCAUGGCAAUGCCCUGGGCCAGUUCUUCUGUGAAGUCCCCCAGAUCCUCAAGCUCUCCUGCUCCAAAUCCUAUCUCAGGGAACUUGGGCUCAUUGUGUUUUCAGUCUCCUUAGCAAUUGGCUGUUUUGUGUUCAUUGUUUUCUCCUAUAUGCAGAUCUUCAAGGCUGUGCUGAGGAUCCCCUCUGAACAGGGACGGCACAAAGCCUUUUCCACCUGCCUCCCUCACCUGGCUGUGGUCUCUCUGUUUAUCAGCACUGCAGCAUUUGCUCACCUGAAACCCCCCUCCAUCUCCUCCCCAUCCCUGGAUCUCUCAGUCUCUGUUCUGUACUCAGUGGUGACUCCAGCACUGAACCCCCUCAUCUACAGCCUGAGGAACCAGGAGCUCCAGGAUGCCCUGCAGAAAAUGAUGACCAUAUCUUUUCAGGGACAAUAAAGUCCGUCUUUUCUGCUCCAGAACAUUCAGAAUGUCACUCCUUACAAUCUUGGCCUUUAUUUUUUUAUUUGUCAA